AAAUUGCUGAGCGUUCAAACUUGCAGGCGGCAGUAGCUUUGCCUGGGCAUAUCCCAGGUGACCUUAUAUUAUUUUCUGGUUUAGUUUGUAGAUAGUUAUAAGGGAACCCAGAGAUGGCUUGGAAUUAAGAUAACACCCUGAAGGAGACGAGAACCGCUCCCAUUCGUUAAUCAGCCACCCUGCAAUAUACCAACAGUGGGCUGCAAUCUGUCUGUGUCCAAGCCAGGGAUUUAGCUGUGACGUCCAUUGUUUUUACAGCCACCCAUCUAAAUUGUUGUUAAUACAAAUCCUACACAGUCGGAAGGGAUCAUCAAGUGGACAAGGUACCUGGAUUUAAAUGCAGUUACCCUAGAGACAUCUUGUGAGAUCGGACAGACUGAUAUUUAGCUCAUGAACAGAAACGGAACUUGUGAACGAUGUGUGACAGAGAACUGAAACAGACAAGACCAAGCCUUGUGAAAUCGGAACGUAUAUCCAGACCUUUUCUACCCUUGAGGACACUAGCAACAACCAACACAAUGAAUAUUGGAAAAGAAACUACCGUCAGUUCACCCAUGAGCACUCUAGCGAUGAAUUUGAGUGAAUUAUCAACUGGAAGGGGCACACCAAAGAGACGAUUGUCACUGUCAAGCAUUGACACCCCAACAGGGUCAACUAAGGUGACACCAGAGCGAAUGUCAUCCACAGAAUCAGGAUGCUUCUUCGAUUCUCCAUCACCCAUUGACUCACCAACGCUUGAAAUGAGCCUGAAUCGGUUUGGCAGUUUACUGAAGACCAACCCAGACAUCCCACCAGAGGCAUACACAAAAAGGAAAACUAUUGCCUUCAGGAGAAUAAACUCACUGCCUCUGCCGACUAUGCGUCUUGACAGCCCAACUGACUUCCAAGAUAAAGAAAACUCCUGUUCACCCAAACCUAUUGAAUGCAUGUUGGACUGUGACCGCCCUGCCUUCGACCCUGAAGACACAUCUUCACAGGAUAGUGGCCUGGGUUUUGACAGAGAAAAGGAUGAACGCUUCCUGUUUGCUGCUCCAGUGGGAGUACCCCCAAGAAAGUUGAAAAUAAUUAAUGAAGACACAUGUUCCCCACAGAAAUAUUCUCCUGUCAAGUCUCCGUCCAAAAAGAGAUCUUUCUCUCAGUCCUUUCAGUCACCAGAGGAAAGGGGUGAACCAUUUGGUAGUCCUGUUCAUCUUAAGUCAUCACCUCUUGCCAGCACUGAUGAUGAUAUCGAUGAUGGGUUCCUUGACGUCUUUGACCAGGAAGUUGCAGAGAUCACCGAGCCAGUUCCCGAUAGUAUGGCUAGUCUAUUCUGUGCCCCUGUCCUCAACAAGGACAGCCACGUACAAGAUGAUGAUACCCCAGUUUCACGGAGAACAAUGUCAAGAAAAUCUCUCCUGCAAAGAUCUCAGUCCUUUGAUGUCCGAUCUCGGCCCUUUUCUCACAAGCGACUUGAACGACCACGAGAUGAAGCAACACCGGUUCAAAACAAAAGGCAUCGACCAGAGUGUAUGGCAGAUUUGCCUUCUUUUUAUGUUGCACCAGUUCAAGAGAAACCCCCAUACAUGAAACUACAUCGCUGUCAUUCAGAAACUGAGGCUCAGAUUAAAUCUGCUCUCAACAGGUUGAACGAUGAGCCUGAUCUCAUUGGGGACUGCUCCAAGCCAUACUGUCUACCCACAAUACCAGGCAAACAUCAAGAUCUCAAGGGAAUAUCUCCAGAAACAAUGAGUCGUGUGCUGAACCAUGAGUUUGACCACAUAGUGAGUGACUUCUGUAUCGUGGACUGUCGGUAUCCAUACGAGUAUCAGGGAGGCCAUAUACAGAAAGCAAAGAACCUGUAUACCAAAGAUUCCAUCCUAGAAGAAUUUAUAAACAAGCCUGCUAUGGUUUCUGAUCCCAACAAGCGACAAAUAGUUAUAUUUCACUGUGAAUUUUCAUCAGAAAGAGGGCCCAACCUAUCUCGGUUCUUACGUAACAGAGAUCGUGAGGUCAACAAGGACGUCUACCCAUUUUUGAACUACCCAGAGUUGUACCUCCUAGAGGGCGGAUACAAGUGUUUCUAUGAACAGCACCAGGAACUAUGUGAACCACAGACAUAUAAGCCCAUGCUUCAUAAAGAUCAUAGUCAUGACCUGCGGCACUUCCGAGCAAAGUCAAAAUCCUGGGCAGGAGAAAAGGGACAUCGAACAGGCCUACGGACACUAAAAUUCUAGUAUCAUUCUUCACAAAUCCAGUAGACUUUAGUGAAAACUAUUUAUUUGCAAAUCUGCAUUGUUUGUUACUUGAUCAUUGUUGACAAACAAGUCUUUCAUUUGUUUGUGAACGAUGACUUAUUAUGUUGGUCAAAUGACGCUGCACUCCAAUGGACUGCAGUCACUGAAAGUGCUCACAGUCUGUUAAUUAAUGUUGUUUUUUGUUUUCUGUAAUUUUAUGUUGUGUGUGUAAAUGUCAUCAAUUUCACAUCAAUUGUGAAAGUAUUAUUUGUACAUAGUGGCAUUCUAUGCCAAAUCUCUGACAUCCAAUGAAAUGUAUACCAUGAUGUCAAAGUACCUAUCUGUCAAUCACUCGUUUUUGCUUUAUCUGUCACUCAGUACAUUUCCAUUUCUAUCUGUCAUGUCUUAUUACUUUCAAUGUUGGCUUGAAAUUACACUCUUUGUGUGUUGGGUAGACCCUUCCCUCUGAACAUAACAAUGAAAAAAAAAUAAUAUAGUUUUGAAACAUGAACCACAUAAGCAACAUAAUGAAGGGCAGUAAAGUUUUUUUAAACUUUAAUUAUUAUAUUUUUUAACUGAGUGCAGAUAUAUCUUUUAUCUGUAUAGCUCAGUUUUAGCUUAUUGUUUUCUAUUUAGCCUCAUGCUGUUUUGUGAUGAACAAUGGGGAAAGACCUUGUUUUGUUCGUGAGAAUUAGAAUAAUCACUUGACUUAAAGUCUAUUUAUUAAAAAAAACCAUUUCAUAUUCUAUGCAUCUGAAAAUGAAAAUGGUUCAUAUGUAUGACCAAUUUUACACCUGAAAUUAUGGAUAUGUCCCUUUUAGAUAAAUGUUGUGAGUCCCAAAACUGCAGAUUCAGGACAUGCAACAUUCAUACACUUAGGACAUAGGAUCUACAAUGUCUCAGUUAGCUCCCUUAGCUGUGCCAGGAUCUGCUGGUUGUGGGAUCAGAUUUGACCUGACUUUGAGUCUUGAUCUGUCAGCACAUACCCAUUGUUUUGGUUUCAUGUCCUUGUGAUAAACAUCUAUGACCUAUGUCACUUGUAGCUUCCCUCCCACAUUCAACAUGAAAAACCUCAAAACCAUUCAAAGAAGCUUUAACACUCGUUCACACUCAUAGUUAUUGAAUCUAUGCAACAGAUUGAGUAUGAGAAGAAACAUGUUAGUUUUCACAUUCAAAGAAUUAAUGGUCAUUAAUUCUUAAUUUUUAAAAUUGUGAUAUGAAAUACCAGAGGGAAUAUUUCAAGCGUGUAGCAAGAAUACAUGUAUUAGUAAAUCAACAAUUUCAAGCCAAACAUUCCUGUUUUUUUCUAUUUCCUCUGUGUACAUGUGUGGAUGUAUGUAUAUAUGAAUGGAAGUAUUUAAUAUUGAUACUGUUGUGAAUGGUGCUAUUUGUAGGGUAUGAAAGCUUCAUUAUUCUUUCGUGUUGUCCCAUGACCAACUCUCAUGUAAUUAUGUUGAUUUUUAAAACCUUUAAGAAUACAAAAUGGUAAUACCUGUGACAUCAAGUGAAUAUCCCAAUGCAAGAUACUACCAGAUUUUUAGGACGUUUUUUAUGGAUUUUGUGGAGACUGUAUCAGUCAACUGUAGAAGAUCAAUUUCUCAUGUUUGAUGUUUUAUUUAUAGUAUCCAGUGUAGUUUUUCGUGUAGGCGUUCAUGGUAGGUGUUGAUUUUUUUAUAUUUAUUGUUCGCGUACAUAUGUCGUGUGAUAGUGUUUUAUGAAUCAAGUUGACAAAUGAUUAUGAUGUUUGGCUCCACAACAAACUGACGACAAUAAGAUGGGUUUUUUAAGCGUGUACUCACAGUUUUAUGAUAGAGACCAUUAGCUUAUGCCUGUACAUGAAGCUUCUGAUUGGCUUUUAUUCAUUCUUUUCAUUUUUUAUCCUUGACCAGUGAAUGUAUUUCUUGGUCACACAUAGCAUAAACCACUUGUUAUUGAGCAUAAAAUAAAACAAAACUAAGAGAGUAUGUACAUGGUGGAAAUUGCGGCAAUAAAAAUAAUUUUCAUUCUA